UCGACGCAGACAUCCGUGCGCCCCGUUCGCCUUGUGCCUAUCGGAAUCGGAGAGUGGGCCGUUCUAUGGGAGGGACUAGCGCAAAGGGGGACUGGGAUCGAGGAGAGGGGGCGGGGUGGCAACGAGGGUGGCUGUUUCUCCAGUCUCUUACCCAGUGUCUUUGUCUCAUACUCUUUUGUUAGCCAUGCCUAGCUUGCUGGUUCUCGCAGGGAUCAUGGAGAAAAACGGGGGCUACGGCGGGGACUUAGCCGGUUUCGGCGGCGAGAGUCUCCUGGUGCCACCCGAGGAGGAGGAGGACGAUUCCCGUGCCCUGAGAGUUGCACUGGGCCAGCUGUCGCUGCUGGGUCUUGGAGAGGGCGAGGACGGCAGCGGUGCUCCUGCGGGUGGCGGAGGAGUUCAAGAUCGGUGUAACAAUAACCAUCACAAUCACGGAGUCGUAUCCGAAUCUGGGAUCUUACCAGGGAAGAACAAGUUAUGCGCCCUGUACGAGAACUCGUCAAUCGAGUCCAAGGGACGGGGCUGCAACAUCACUGAGUGUGUGCCCGUGCCAAGCUCCGAACAUGUGGCCGAAAUAGUGGGGAGGCAAGGUUGCAAAAUCAAAGCUUUGCGUGCAAAGACAAACACCUACAUCAAGACCCCGGUCAGAGGUGAAGAACCAGUCUUCCUCAUCACCGGUCGCAAAGAAGAUGUGGCCCUGGCCAGACGAGAGAUCAUCUCUGCCGCAGAACACUUCUCCAUGCUGCGGGCCUCUAGGAACAAGCUGGGCGUCUCUUUCAGCGGCUCCCCACCUGCACCGUUACCUGGCCAGACCACCAUUCAGGUGAGGGUGCCCUAUCGUGUGGUGGGUUUGGUGGUUGGACCAAAAGGCUCGACAAUAAAACGUAUCCAACAGCAAACGUGCACUUACAUAGUCACUCCGAGCCGCGACCGUGACCCUGUCUUUGAGAUCACAGGCUCCCCAGGGAAUGCUGAGCGAGCUCGGGAAGAAAUAGAGGCGCACAUCGCCUUCCGCACGGGUGGGCUGCACGAUCAAAACAAUGAGAAUGAUUGCCUGGGGCAUGACGGUGGCAACGGGGGUCUGGAAAGCCACCUGCAGCAGGUGUGGGGGCUACAGGGGGCCCCGCGCAAGCCGCUCACCAGCAGUUACAGGCAGAAUUUCUCAGACACCAUUGUCGGAAGUAGCGGAGGAGGAAAUGGAGGGGGAAUUUACAGUAAAAGUGACUUCACCAGCCAUGGCAAUGGGGACAAGCCAGGCUCUUACUUUGGCUCAGAGGGCACUCAGAGCUGGGGCGAUCCCGACUAUCCCAAACAGGUGGCUUACUACGCCCAGCAGCGCUCCAAAAGCUUCGGAGGCCUGCCUCUCCCUCUGACCAGACUGUCCCCGGGUCUGCCCGAACCAUGUGGCAACGCCAACGCCGUCGGGUCCACCCAUUCCCAGGCACGCCGUGCCCACAGCGAGCCUACCUCUGCCACCGCUGCUUUCACAGGCCGUCUCCCCGUGCCAGAUUCGCCACCCACUGUGGCCCGAGACUGCAUGACCUGCUUUGAAAGCAAGGUGACAGCCGCCCUGGUCCCAUGUGGUCAUAACCUGUUCUGCAUGGAGUGUGCCAUCCGAAUUUGUGAGCUAAACCAUCCGGAGUGCCCUGUCUGCCACACGCUGGUCACACAGGCUAUCCGAAUAUUCUCUUAAAGUCUUCUUGU